CCAGAGCAGGGGAUUGAACGAGACUAUAAAGCCCGCUGCCGCGCCUGAACCCCAGUGCUCCAGCCAGUGCCCGGGAGCUAGCGCAGGGGCAACCCCGGACGUCCCCGCUGGUGAGGGCUCUUAACACCGCCCUUCCCUCGCAUCUCAUCCAUCUGCAUGCUCCAGUCGCAAAGUCCUCGGAGAGAAAGUGACUCCCCUGCUACCCAUCACCUGCUGGCUCAAAGCAUCUCAUAACCAGCAAGGACAGCGGUAGCUUCUCUACCUUGCUUCCAGGCGGGGCUGAGGUCCGCCCAUUAGCAAAGGGACCAGGCGGGGCUGAGGUCCGACCGUUAGGAAAGGCAGAGAACUUCGAGGGAGUCGGCUCCGGCUAGCUGCCGGCGGUGAGUGCGGAGGUCCGGGGCUGCAGACUUGCGGCGAUGGGCUCUCUCUCCGCAGCCGCGAACUGGACCGACGGUGCGGGCACCGCCAGCGCGAACGCCGGGAACCUGAGUGCGGCGCUCGCCGCAGGAGUGGCGGCAGGGGCGACUGAGACUGAGUGGCUGCACCUGCUAGUCCAAGCCGGCAACCUCUCCGCCUCCUCCUCCGAGCCGAGACUGCCCGCAGCCUCCCCGGAGCCUACGCAGCCCCGAGCCAACCUCACCAACCAGUUCGUGCAGCCGUCCUGGCGCAUCGCCCUCUGGUCCCUGGCAUACGGCGUGGUGGUGGCCGUGGCGGUCUUCGGGAAUCUCAUCGUCAUCUGGAUCAUCCUGGCCCACAAGCGCAUGAGGACUGUCACCAACUACUUCCUCGUGAACCUGGCUUUCUCUGACGCCUCCAUGGCUGCCUUCAACACCUUAGUCAACUUCAUCUAUGCGCUUCACAGCGAGUGGUACUUCGGUGCCAACUACUGUCGCUUCCAGAACUUCUUUCCUAUCACGGCAGUGUUCGCCAGCAUCUACUCUAUGACGGCCAUUGCGGUGGACAGGUAUAUGGCCAUUAUUGAUCCCUUGAAACCCAGACUGUCUGCCACAGCAACCAAGAUCGUCAUUGGAAGUAUUUGGAUUCUAGCGUUCCUACUUGCCUUCCCUCAAUGUCUUUACUCCAAAAUUAAAGUCAUGCCAGGCCGUACUCUUUGCUAUGUGCAAUGGCCAGAAGGUCCCAAACAACAUUUCAUUUACCAUAUUAUUGUCAUUAUACUGGUGUACUGCUUUCCGUUGCUCGUCAUGGGUGUCACAUACACCAUUGUUGGAAUUACUCUCUGGGGAGGAGAGAUCCCAGGAGAUACCUGUGACAAGUAUCAUGAGCAGCUAAAGGCUAAAAGAAAGGUUGUAAAAAUGAUGAUAAUUGUUGUGGUGACAUUUGCCAUCUGCUGGCUGCCUUAUCAUAUUUACUUCAUCCUCACUGCAGUCUAUCAACAGCUAAAUAGGUGGAAAUACAUCCAGCAGGUCUACCUGGCCAGCUUUUGGCUGGCAAUGAGCUCGACCAUGUACAACCCCAUCAUCUACUGCUGCCUGAAUAAAAGAUUUCGAGCUGGCUUCAAAAGAGCCUUCCGCUGGUGUCCUUUCAUUGAAGUUUCUAGCUAUGAGGAGCUAGAGCUCAAGACCACCAGGUUUCUCCCCACUCGGCAAAGCAGCCUGUACACGGUGACCAGGAUGGAGUCCAUGACAGUGGAGUUUGAGCCCAGUGAGGCAGACAACACCAAAUCCAGCCGGAAGAAGAGAGCAACUCCAAGAGAUCCGAGCUUCAGUGGUUGCUCCCGCAGGAAUUCCAAAUCUGCCUCCACCACGUCAAGUUUCAUAAAUUCGCCCCAUACCUCUGUGGAUGAAUAUUCCUAAAUUCAUUUCACAAAGAGGCAGAUUAUAAAAUAUAAGCCCUAUUCUCCUGUUUAGAAGUCCUGCCCUACCUACUCUCUGGAAACGGAGGGCAAUUUUGGGCAGCCGGGCUUCAACUGAGGAAGGUAGAAUAGAAAUGUAACAAAGACACUAUUAAGAUAUUUGACCCCUCAAAAAUUAAAUAAGCUGUCCAUUUAUUCUUUGAAAACUCUAAAUUAUU